GGCUGCUGGGGUCGGGCAGCGGGGAUGAGCGGGGCUGGGAGAGGCCGCUCGUCUCGUUUCCCUGGCAACGGGCUGGGUCGGGCGCGGGCGGGAGGAGGAGGAGGGGCCGCGCGCCGCCGUCCGCUAGGCCUCGCCCGCCUGGGACCCGGCGCCGGGGCGCGCGGCCGGCCCCGAGCUCCCUUCCCGGCAGCGGCCGCGGAACCGCGGCUUCCGGGCUCGGGCCCGCCGCCCUCCGGCACCUGCCUCCAUGUUUUCGGGCCUGGCGGAUGAAUGAAUGUCGCCGAGGCUCCUCGCCGGCGGCCCUCGCCCCAGCCGCUCUGGGGGGAGAGGAGCCGCGGGGUCUUGGGCGCCACGGGCUGUUUCUCCCUAAGGCUCUGGCGGAGGAGCGCAGCCCCAAUGUCCCAGUUUAAGCGCCAGCGGAUCAGCCCGCUCCCGGGGGGACGCAACUUCUCAGGCGCAGCUUCGACAUCUCUCCUAGGCCCUCCUCCUGGUUUGCUCACUCCUCCUGUGGCCGCAGACCUGUCGCAGAAUGCCAGGCACUUGCAGGGUGGGGAGAAGCAGCGGGUCUUCACUGGCAUUGUUACCAGCUUGCACGACUACUUUGGGGUGGUGGAUGAAGAGGUCUUUUUUCAGCUGAGUGUGGUGAAGGGCCGGCUGCCCCAGCUGGGUGAGAAGGUGCUGGUGAAGGCUGCAUACAACCCAGGCCAGGCAGUGCCCUGGAAUGCUGUCAAGGUGCAAACGCUCUCCAAUCAGCCCUUACUGAAGUCCCCAGCUCCUCCCCUUCUGCAUGUGGCAGCCCUGGGCCAGAAGCAAGGGAUUCUGGGAGCACAGCCCCAGUUGAUCUUCCAGCCCCACCGGAUCCCCCCACUCUUUCCUCAGAAGCCUCUGAGUCUCUUUCAAACAUCCCACACGCUUCAUCUGAGCCACCUGAACAGAUUUCCUGCUCGGGGCCCCCAUGGACGACUGGAUCAGAGUCGAAGUGAUGACUAUGACUCCAAGAAACGCAAACAGAGAACUAGUGGAGAGCCUUGGGGUGCUAAGAAGCCAAGGCAUGACCUGCCUCCUUACCGUGUUCGUCUCACUCCGUAUGCAGUAGAUAGCCCCACCUGUGACUUCUUAGAACUCCAGCGCCGUUACCGUAACCUCCUGGUUCCCUCUGGCUUCCUGGCUGUGCACCUCAGCUGGCUGUCGGCCUUUCCUCUGAACCAUCCUUUUUCCCUGCACCACCCCAGCCGGAUCCAGGUAGCUCCUGAGAAGGAGCCAGCUCCAGACACCAGUGCAGAGCCCAGCUCUGGAAACAGUGAUCCCACUUACAGUUCCAAGGUACUGCUGCUUUCUUCCCCGGGGCUGGAGGAGUUGUAUCGUUGUUGCAUGCUAUUUGUGGAUGACAUGACUGAGCCGAAGGAGACGCCAGAACAUCCUUUGAAGCAGAUUAAGUUUUUGCUGAGCCGGAAAGAAGAGAUGGCAGUGCUGAUUGGCGGGGAUUGGUCUCCUUCCUUGGACGGCCCUGACCCUAAGGGCGACCCACAGGUGCUAGUCCGCACCGCUAUCCGUUGUACACAAGCCCAGACUGGCAUCGACCUGAGUGCCUGCACAAAAUGGUGGCGCUUUGCUGAGUUUCAGUACCUGCAGCCGGGACUCCCGAGGCGGCUACAGACUGUGGUGGUAUACCUGCCGGACUUCUGGACCACUAUGCCUACUUUGGAAGAGUGGGAGGCCCUGUGCCAGCAGAAAGCUGCCCCAGCCCAGGAGGCACCAGCAGUGAAAACAGAGCCUACAGAACAGGCAGCUGAUGCUUCAGAACAAACAGCAGAUACUUCUAAACAGAACACAGAGAACUCGGAGGUUUCUGCACAGCAGGAGGUGGACACUGACCUCCCAGAGGCCCCACCACCCCCACUAGAACCCGCUGUUAUGGCUCGCCCUGGCUGUGUGAGCCUGUCCCUUCAUAGCAUCGUGGAGGACCGCAGGCCGAAAGAGAGGGUCUCCUUUGAGGUGAUAGUGUUGGCUGAGCUGUUUCUGGAGAUGCUGCAGAGGGAUUUUGGCUAUAAGAUUUAUAAAAUGCUGCUGGGCCUUCCCGAGAAGGCUGUGGCCCCACCUGAACCUGAAAAGGAGGAAGUGCCCAAGGAGGAAGAGGUGGCCAAGGAGACAGUGGCCAAGGAGCCCAAGGAUGAAGUACCUAGUGAGGCCCUGGCUGCGGAGUCUAAUGCCCCAGCAGUGAAGGAAGAUGGGCUUUUGCCCAAGCCCCCAUCUUCUGGAGGGGAGGAAGAAGAGAAGCCCCAGGGCGAGGCGUCUGAGGACAUCUGUGAGAUGGCUCUUGACCCCGAGCUGCUGCUGCUGAGGGACGACGGGGAGGAGGAAUUUGCAGGAGCCAAGCUGGAGGACUCUGAGGUCCGUUCAGUUGCCUCAAACCAGUCAGAGAUGGAGUUCUCCUCCCUUCAGGACAUGCCGAAGGAGCUGGACCCCUCUGCUGUGCUUCCCUUGGACUGUCUUCUUGCUUUUGUCUUCUUUGAUGCCAACUGGUGUGGCUACCUGCAUCGGCGAGAAUUGGAGAAGAUCCUGCUUACCCUCGGGCUCAGGCUCAGUGAGGAGCAGGUCAAGCAGCUGGUCAGCAGAGUGGUGACCCAGAACGUCUGCCAGUACCGGAGCCUUCAGUACAGCCGCCAGGAGGGCAUGGAGGGUGGGCUUCCAGAGGAGUUGCUCUUUGGAAACCUUGACCUCCUCCCUCCUUCUGGGAAAAGCUCAAAGCCAGCCACUGCCCCCCUUGAACACAAGGGUCUGGUGUCCCACAAUGGCAGCCUCAUCAACGUGGGGAACCUGCUGCAGCGUGCUGAGCAGCAGGACAACGGGCGGCUCUACCUGGAGAAUAAGAUCCACACACUGGAGCUGAAGCUGGAGGAGAGCCAUAACCGUUUCUCAGCCACUGAAGUGACGAAUAAGACAUUGGCAGCAGAAAUGCAGGAACUGCGGAGCCGGUUGGCUGAGGCUGAGGAGACAAGCCGGACAGCAGAACGACAGAAAAGCCAGCUGCAGCGGCUGCUCCAGGAGUUCCGGAGGCGCCUGACGCCUCUGCAGCUUGAGAUGCAGCGAAUGGUGGAGAAGGCUGACAGCUGGGUAGAGAAGGAGGAGCCAGCGCCUAGCAACUGAGGGGCCUAUAGCAGGAGCUGCCACCCUGUGAGGUCAGCGAUGGAGCCUGAAGUUCCAGCCCCUUUGGUCCCAGAGAGCAGCUGGAGCAGGACUGGGAGCCAUAGGCAGGGGGUGGCUGACCCCUGUGCUCAGCCUCCGAGGAGGCCAGGCUGUCAGGGUCGGGGUCUGUCUGCUAUGUGGGACAGACAAAUAUGGAACCCCAGUUCCAACAAAACAUCAUCUGCACCCCGACCGUCAUUUUGCCCUUUACCUAGGGAUUUCUCCUGGGGUCCUUUUAGUCUUGUGCUGACUUUCUCCUGUCUGUCCUCUUCCAGU